AGCAUGCAGGCGGCGCCGGGCGCGGGCACGGCGGUGCGGUGGAUGACCAUGUCCUGCCCGCCGCUGUGCACGUCGCUGAGCUGCUCCAGCACGGCGAUGCUGCGGGCCGUGCUCACCGACACCCGGUGGUCUUCGGACCACGCCAGCGGCUCCAGCCCGCUGGCGCCGUGCUGCAGCCGCACCGCCGGCUCUCGCCGCACCGCCGUGAGGCGGAACCCGGCGCUCGCCGCCGCCGCCGCCGCCGCCUCCUCCGCGACCGCCUCGAGCCCCAGCGGCGGCUCCUCCCGCCCCGCCGCCGCCAUGUUACCGCCGCCUCACGGGCCGCGCGCACGCGCCGCCGCCGAAGCCCCCGGCGGGCCCGGCCGGGGCUGCCCCGCCGCCGCCUGCGCGCCCCGCGGGCCCGGGAGCGCGGGUUGCGGGACGGGGAGAGCCCUCACGGAGCCCCCGCAGCGCCGCGGGGCGGGCGGGGAGCCGGGCGGGCUCCGCUCUCGCGGGGAGGCUCCGCACUCGGCGCCGCGCCGCUCUCACGGGCCGGGCCGGGCGGGAGGCGGCCCCGGGGCCCUGCGGAGGAGCGGGCGGGACAUGGCGGCGGGCGUGGGGAUGCGCGGCCUCGGCAGGCAAUCUGGUGCUCAGAAAAGGAAGCUCCAGUCACCACAUGGAAACCCACCCGUGAAACGCAAACGAAAAUUAUCCAUAAACACCUUCAGGAAAGGUGCCAUUGCCACGGAGGCUGACAGGAGGGUGGAGGGAAGCUCAUCACAAAAAACUGUUCCUAAGAAGCAGUUGACUGACAAACAGAAUGAAAGCCAGAAGACCAAACCUUUCAUCAAGACGUCCAGCCUGUUUAAAAACAACCCAGACAUCCCAGAAAUUCACAGAAAAGAAGUGCAGCAAUUGCAAGAAAAUGUUUUCACUACAGAUUCCUUCAGCCAGCUGGACCUCCACCCCCAUCUGAUCUCCACAAUAAACACUGUCCUAAACAUAUGUAGCAUGACCAGUGUUCAGAAGCAAACGAUUCCUGUGCUCCUGCAAGGCAGAGAUGCCCUGGUGAGAUCUCAGACUGGUUCAGGUAAAACUCUUGCCUAUGGAAUUCCACUUGUGCAGUCUUUGCAAGGAAUGGAAUCCAAAAUACAGCGCAGUGAUGGCCCCUACGCGCUCGUGCUCGUCCCAACCAGGGAGCUUGCACUCCAAAGUUUUGAUACAAUCCAGAAACUACUUAAGCCAUUUACCUGGAUUGUGCCUGGAGUGCUAAUGGGGGGAGAAAAGAGAAAAUCAGAAAAAGCCAGAUUACGGAAAGGGAUAAAUAUCCUCAUCUCCACUCCUGGCCGCCUGGUUGAUCACAUCAGGUCCACGGAAUGUAUUCAUUUCCGUCGCACUCAGUGGCUGAUCAUUGACGAAGCAGACAGGAUCCUGGACCUGGGCUUUGAGAAGGAUGUGGCUGUGAUACUCAAUGCUUUAAAUGCUGAGAGGGAGACACGUCAGAACGUGCUGCUCUCAGCCACCCUCACCGAAGGAGUGACACGCCUGGCCGAUAUCAGCUUGAAUGACCCCGUCAGCAUUUCCAUAGCAGAUGAAAUCCAGAAGGUGCCCGAACCAGCAUCACAAACAGAUAGGGAGGCCAGCAGUUCAUCGAACUGCAUGGAGCAGGAAAACUUUGCAGUUCCAGAGACACUCCAGCAGUAUGUCAUGAUGGUCCCCAGCAAACUGAGGCUUGUCACGUUAGCAGCUUUUAUCCUGCAGAAAUGCAAGUUUGAAAAGCGCCACAAGAUGAUCAUCUUUUUCUCCAGCUGUGAACAAGUGGAAUUCUACCAUGAGCUCCUUGUAAAGGUCCUUUCAGGAGGGCCAGAGUCAGAACAGCCUGGACGUUCACCCCUCUCCUCUGUGAGCUUACAUUUUCUACGUCUGCAUGGCGACAUGGAACAGGAAGAAAGGACAGAGGUCUUCCAGGAGUUCCUAAAAUCCAAGACUGGCAUCUUGCUUUGCACUGAUGUAGCAGCACGGGGGCUGGACCUGCCUCAGGUGACCUGGAUCGUACAGUACAACGCUCCGGCUUCACCUGCGGAAUACAUCCACCGGAUCGGGAGGACAGCGCGCAUCGGCUGCCGCGGGAGCAGCCUGCUCGUGCUGGCGCCUUCGGAGGCAGAAUAUGUCAGCUUGCUGGCUUCUCACAAGAUUAAUGUUUCAGAGCUGAAGAUGGAGAAGGUGUUAGCCAGCCUGAUGAAGGAUGAUCGCUUCAAGUUGCACAGACCAGGAAGGAAGAGAUCCUGUGGCAAGAACCCUCAGGAAGUCCGGGAGAGGGCCACGGUCCUGCAGACAAAAUUUGAAAAUCACGUCCAUUCCAGCGAGGCGACUGUCCAGUGGGCAAAGAAAGCACUGCAGUCUUUCCUUUGUGCCUAUACCACCUAUCCCAGGGAUCUCAAGCACAUCUUCCACAUCAAAUCUCUCCACCUGGGUCAUGUGGCCAAGAGCUUUGGGCUGAGAGAUGCCCCCCAGAACCUGACUGCUCUUCCAACUGCAGGCUCAAAGAGGAAAACCAAACCAAGACCAAACAGGUCUGAGCUGCUCAAGAAGACCCACGGCAAACGCCGCCUUGCUGAGCUCCUGCGCUCUGAAUAUUCCAGUGGGAUGGACACUGCUGGAGCCAAGGUCAAGAAGAAGAAGAAAAAGCAGAGAAAAGCUGGCAACCAGCAGAUUCCAACAUAAGCCAGGCCCUUCCAGUCAUUGGCUGUAAAAGCUGCUUGAGUGCCUCAGCCGGGGGUCAGGGUGACCUGCCAAAUCAACUGAGGAGUGUUUCAAUUUAUCAGGCAAAUGUGGGAGGGAUCCUGGGGAUCUUGGCCUCCUCCCCUUCAUUCCAUAGGUCCAAGUGGAAUGGAAUCUAGGCGUGUCCUGUGGUACUGCUGCAAUUAAAUGUGGCCUCCUGAAGAUGCUUCGUGUUCCUAAGAUGUUUUUUUAGCAAGAAAAAUAAAAGAAGGUUAAAUAUGA